AUGUAUGAAAUGAUGAAAAACAUGAGAAUCGCAGGAAUUAAUGAAUACAUGUUUACUAUUGAUAUCACUAUUANUGCGUUGGAUAAGGAUUUAGAUUCCCUUCCCUUCAGAGACAACACUAUUGUCGGCGAAAGAGGAGUCCUUUUGAGUGGCGGACAGAAGGCCAGAGUGGCGUUAGCCCGAGCCCUUUAUAGCGAUGAAGACAUCUAUCUAUUGGACGAUCCGUUGAGUGCUGUCGACACUGAAGUCGCGAAUCAUAUCUUUGAAAAAUGUGUUUGUGAUUAUCUUCGGAGCAAAACAGUGGUAUUAAUCACACAUCAAAUCCAAUUCAUACAAAAAGCCACAAAAAUUCUUGUGUUAAACAAAGACGGCGUAAGUCUUGGCUUUGGAUCGUAUGAAGAGUUACUCGAAGUGGACAUCGAUUUCAUGUCUUUGGUUUGUGAUAAUCGCUAUAAUUAUGACAACAAACAAAGUCCUAACGUUCAUAACGAAGAAUCCAUUGACAAUAAACUGAUCCAAAGACAGAUUCCUUACACAACUGAUGAUAAAUCGGAAAUUAGGGAUCAAUUCAUACCUGAAGAACAUAUGGCUAAAGGAUCGAUAGAUAUGCGGGUGUAUUGGCAUUAUAUAAGGUCUGGUGCGGGACCGACACUAUUGCUGGCCAUCGUUUUGUCAGCUAUUGUUUCGCAGAUUAUCACCAGUUAUAGCGAUAUAUAUGUCUCUCAAUGAUCCGUGACAUUCUUCCGGAUGUCAGUCAACGCGUCAAUCAAUUUACACAAUACUAUAUUCAGUCGCCUAAUGACAGCACCCAUUGCUUUCUUUGACAUCAAUCCUAUCGACCACUUGAGCACAACUAUCAAUGGUUUGGUCACUAUUAGGGCUCUAAGAGCUGAGAAACACUUUACUAAUGACUUUAAUCGCCUUCAAGACAAUCACACGACUUGUUAUUUCACUAAUAUUGCCGCCAAUAGAGCUCUCGGACUUGUAUUGGAGUUAAUAUACAUAUUCUACGAAACAUUUGUCGUUAUAUUCCUUAUGCUUUUCACUGACGAUAUAAGUGGCGGAACCGCUGGACUAUUGUUGUUUAUAGCUAUCAAUAUGUCAUGGUAUCUACAAAUAAUGGUCAGAAGAUCAGCUGAUUUGGAGACAUACAUGACUUCUGUGGAGCGGAUCCUCGACUACAGUCAUCUCGAGUCUGAAGUGUCUGAAAGUGGGGACAGUUGUCGACCGCCGGCACCAGAUUGGCCACACGAGGGUCGCAUUUGUCUCAAUCACGUGAGUCUUAAGUACGACAACGCGACGGAUCCGACACUCGUUGACAUCAAUUGUGAGAUCAAAGGCGGGGAAAGGGUUGGUAUAGUCGGCCGCACGGGUGCCGGGAAGAGCUCAUUACUGGCCGUACUCUUCCGUAUGCAUCAAAUCACUGGAAGCGUUACCAUCGAUGGCGUCGACACUAAGUCUAUACCUCUUCACGACUUGAGACGAAACAUAUCAAUCAUACCUCAAGAGGCGAUUGCAUUCAUUGGAUCCAUUCGUCAUAAUUUGGAUCCAUUUAGUGAUUACUCGGACGACAGACUGUGGGAAGUGUUAGCAGAG